AUGGCACAGCCCCGAGCCUGUCAGGAGCAGCAGGAGGGUUUGCGUGAAGUGACGCUCUCCACGCAGCGGCUGCGAGUGCUGCCUGCAGCCGUCCUGAGCAACCCUGUGCUGGAGAGCCUCGACCUCGACAGGAACAAGCUCAAACAGGUUGCCGGCAUUUCGAAGCUUUGCAACUUGAAGAAGCUGAUACUGUCCAAGAAUGAGAUUUUGGAUUUUCCGGAUGAAAUCCAGAGUCUGGUCUACUUAGAAAAGCUUGAACUGAAUCAGAAUCAAAUUCGUGUCAUUCCAGAGGGGAUUUUCUCCCAACUCUCCAGGCUCAGACACUUGCGGCUGAACAACAACCGCCUCUGUACCCUGCCCCAGGACCUGGCGGCAUGUCAAGGCAGCCUCCAGUAUCUCAACCUGUCCAACAACUUGUUUCGAACCUUCCCCCAGCCUGUCCUGCGCCUGACAAACUUACAAGAGCUCCACGUGCAGAAUAAUGCCCUUCGCCAGCUCCCCAAGGAGCUCUUUCAGGGGCAAUGCCUGAAAAUGUUCAAGGCCAAUGGGAACCCGCUCAGGGAGCCGCCAAGUGAAGUGUGUGCUGGUGGCAUCCAGCAGAUCAAGAAUUACUUCACACAGCUACAAGAGGGUUUGGGGCAGGAGGACAAGAGGGUCAAGACCAUGUUCCUAGGGGCUUCACUAGCGGGAAAAUCCACUAUUUGCAAAAGCUUGAAGCAGGGGCAGACUGACUUGGUGCCCAAGGAAGAGCGAACAGUUGGUAUCGAGAUCAGUGAGUUCCGAAUAGAGGACUUCACUUUUCUCUUCUGGGACUUUGCUGGCCAGCUGGAGUAUUACAUGACCCACCACGUGUUCAUCACCCCGCAGGCACUUGUCAUCCUGGUGAUCAAUCUCCACAUGUACCAAACUAAUGACGAUACCUUCAAGGAUCUUGUGGGUUUCUGGAUCAACAACCUGUCCAUGCGAGUGCCCAACUCGGUGGUGCUCCCCGUGGGGACCCACACUGACUGCUGCCAGGAGGCAGACGUGGAGGAGAAGAGGGGUGACAUCAUGUCCAAGAUUGCGGCCAUGCUGGAGGAGAGGAGGAGCAACCUCUCUCACUUCAUCAACAACCUGGAAGGCAGUGAGGAGUCCGAAUUUUAUGUGGACCAGUGGGAGAGGCUGAAAGAGAUGGAGAACCACACGUUAACAAUUUUAAACUUAAUUCCCGUCAACUGCACCGAUGGCCGUGAUAUCAAAAAGCUCGAAGCUGUUAUUCUGGAGCACGUGAGAAACGAGGAGCUCUUUCCCGAGGUUGUCCGAGUGCUGCCCCCCGUCUACAGGCAAGUGGAAGCCGCGAUUGUGGAUGUGGCGCAGAGCGAGGAGAUGGCAGAUCACGGCAUGAUGGACUUCCAGUACCUCCUCAGCAAACUCUCCCAUCGAGAGCACCUGGCCAACCUGGGCAGAGAACUCCUCCAGGAUAUCUUGCGGUACCUCCACCGCAUUGGGCUUGUCAUAUGGUAUGAGGAAAUCGAGCACCUGGAAAACACUGUCUUUCUCCAGCCUACUUUCCUUAUAACUAUGUUUAAGCUCCUUGUAAGGUACCGCCUAGUCCAGCAGCUUGAGAGCAUCUCUGUGGACACACUCAUAGGGGAGCACUCUACCAUCAGGGACAGGUCCAACUGGGUGUGGACAUUCAAGUCGAAGGCAAUGCUGUGCCACAGGGCAGUGCGUGCUCUGGUCAAGUACCAGCUCUAUCAGGAGGGAAUGCAGGACAUCUUUGAGGAAAUAAUGGGAUGCAAGCCCCAUGGAGGGAGAGGGAAACUGUUUAGUCUCCUGGAGCACUUUGAGAUCUGCCUGGAAGUGAGGAAAGCUGAAGCUCUCAACCCAGAGGCCAGUGAGUUUGUGCCUGGGAAGCCAUGGGAGACAACACAAGGCCGUGGAGAGUCCUGGUACCUGUUCCCAACCUACCUGAACCAGACUGAAGAGGUUUCUGAGGUAUGGGGAGGAGACCACCCUGAGGACCUCCACAUCCGGGCCUAUUUCUCACCUGAAAUACCAGAGGGGUUCUUUCAGAGGUUCCUGGUCAAAGCUUGCUCCUUCUACUCCACACACUGGGUGGCCAGGGUGACCUGCCUGCUCGUAUGCAAUGGCAAACCCUUGUUGGUCAAAGAGAAUAACCAGAGGGCCUACAGCUACCUAGAGCUCCGGUGCAGAAAGCCCACGGAAAGGAGGGAUUUCCGUUUUGCCUGGGACUUCCUCAUGGCCAUCGUGUUCAUCAGCCAGAAGCUUUCGGAGGAGUGGCCAGGGCUGCACGUGUGCGUGAAGACGCCGUGCCGGACUGCUGGGUGUCCUGCAGAGCUUGUGUGGCCAGACGUGGAUGGCAAGAUCGUUGUGACAAAGGAAGAGGUUAAAACCUGCGGAACGUGUGGCCAUCGGUUCCGAGCAGAGCUGCUCCUACCCAGAGUGCCCGAGCAGCCGGAGGCCCUUCCCGCGCAGCCGCCCGCUCGCUACUACGUCACCAGCUACGGGACUACGACCUUCGGGCCCAGCAGCGUCCACGUCACCCGCCAGGGGUUGGAGGUCUCAGGUAGUGGGAUCCUGACCUCCUGCUAA